AUGUCUGCUGCUACUAAUCCAACUGGAAAUCCUGAUCCAAACCCAGUCACAAUUGUACGCCAUACCAUUCCUAAAACGAUCGAAGUCCAAGAGGCUCAUUUUGAAGUGACAAUCUUUUAUCGAUCAGUUGCAUGUGAUAUCGUUGUUGAUAGCAAACAUUCGAAGGAAUCUUGUCAACCUUGUGCAACUGCCUCCAACACAGUAAAGAGAGCUGCACGAAAGAAGAGCAAAGCCUCUGGAACCCCAGCUAAAUCUAAAGCCUCUUUACAAGCAUGUGGUCCAGACAAGUUGCGGGCGACAGUAAGAUCAACAAGAUUGCAAGUGAAAGAUCUUGAGGACCGCUUGCAGCAAAUGCAGACAAAGAUCGAGCAGCAAGGGAUUGGGAUUAGCGAAAGCUUGGAGAACGACAUUCUCAAAAUGAUGGGAGGGCAAAGCCUCGAAGCAACACCCCACAUGAAGUUCUCUUGGCAGGAACAAAUGAAUUUGUUGCAAUCAGCCAAAAUGGGUAGAAGGUACCACCCCCAAGUAAUCCACUUUGCUCUUUCCAUUCAUGGGAAAUAUCCAUCCGCUUAUAGGGAACUACGAGACAGCGGCGCCCUUAUUCUCCCAAGUGAGAGAGUUCUUCGGGACUAUAAGAACUAUUUUAAACCGAAAGCUGACAUCAACAAAGAGAACGUCGAAACCCUACGAGAAAGAACCUCAUCUUUCACUCCUGUACAAAGAUAUGUAGCAGUUGUUAUGGAUGAGAUGAAGAUACAAUCAAAUCUUGUUUUUGUUAAAGUGUCUGGGGAACUUAUUGGCUUCAUCGAUUUGGGUGACCCCAUGACUAACUUUGCCAAUCUCACUGAUGAAGAUCCGAUUGCGACACAUGCCUUGGCAUUUCUUGUCAGGGGAUUAUGCACUGAUUUGAAGCAUAUAAUUGCAUAUUUCUUCACAGGAAAUGUCACGUCAUUCCAUAUAAUGCCUCUCUUCUGGAGAACUGUAGCUGUGCUGGAGGUGUCCCUCAAUCUUCGUGUGUGUGCUGCUGUGAAUGAUGGCGCUUCCCCCAAUCGAAAGUUUUUUCGACUUCAUUCCAAGUUGGCGAAUGAAGUGAAUUGUGAUGUUGUGUAUAAAACACCAAACAUUUUCGCACCAUCACGAUUCAUUUUCUUUUUUGCUGAUUCUCCACAUCUCAUGAAGACAGCCCGUAACUGCCUGUACAAUUCUGGGUAUGGAAGUCGCAGUCGUCUUAUGUGGAAUGAUGGGCAGUAUCUGAUAUUUCAACACAUAGCAGACCUCUUCUACAGCGACCAAGAUUUUUCUCUGCACACCCUCCCUAAGCUGACCUUAGAUCACAUUGUGUUGACCUCUUUCAGCAAAAUGAAAGUUAAAUUAGCAGUCCAGGUCCUUAGCAAGUCAGUCGCCAUUGCUCUGCGAGAAAGUGGAAAAUGGAUGUCACCGGUACCGCCCAGUUCUGUGAAAUGA